GCCAACUCUUCAAGUGAUGAUCACAGACCCCCAAGAGGUGGCUGGAAUGCUGUCAUCUUUCUCAUAUUUGUGGAGAUGGCAGGGAGAUUUGCGUUCUAUGGCUUAACUGGAAACUUGAUAAGUUUCCUCACCGAUGUUUUGGAAGAGACAACAUCGUCAGCUGCUAAGAUCGUCAACACUUGGGCUGGUGUCUCCUUCAUGUUUCCUCUGCUUGGAGCUUUCAUAGCUGAUUCCUACCUUGGUCGUUCCAAGGCCAUCAUCUUCUCUUCCAUCAUCUAUUUCUCGGGAAUGCUUUUGUUGACAGUAUCAGUAUCAGUUAUUCCUUUGAACAGUCGAAAGGCAGUGUUUUUGGUAGCACUUUACGUACUGGCGAUAGGAGAAGGAGGACAAAAGCCAAUCAUUCAAACAUUUGCAGUGAAUCAAUUUGAAGAUUCUUCAUCGAUGCAAGAGAGAAUGGAUAAGAGCUCCUUCUUCAAUUGGUGGUACUUUGCAACUGUAAUUGGUCAAGUGUCUGCUCUUUCCAUUGUUAUCUAUGUCCAGGAUAACGUGGGGUGGGCAACAGGGUUCAGCAUAUUGGCAGGAGCUUCGGCGGUUGCAUUUGCUAUUUUCCUGAGCGGCAUGAACAAGUAUCGUCCACAACUGCCUCUGGGAAGUCCUUUCACUUCGCUGGCUCAGGUGGUCGUAGCGGCGGCUCGCAAGUGGCGCGUGGAUGAGACGCUCCCUGGAAGAGGUGUUUGUCAUGGAGAUACUGUCAAUGGCCAUUUGCUUUUGGAGCCUCAAUGUAUGACUUUAGCUCGGACCAAAAAAUUUAGAUUUCUGGACAAAGCAAUGAUAAUUGACGAGAUUGAUGCAUUAAGAAACACUAGAGAUCCUUGGAGGCUAUGCCCAUUAAACCAAGUGGAAGAAACGAAGCAAGUCCUUGGCUUGACCCCAAUAUGGUUAACCUGCUUGUACAAUAGUAUAAUCCUGGCUCAGCUCUCAACCUUCUUCACCAAACAAGGCAGCACAAUGGUCCGAACCAUCGGUCCCCAACACUUCACCAUCCCACCAGCAUCACUCCAAUGCAUCACUGGUUUCACCAUCAUCCUCAUAAUCCCGAUCUAUGACUUACUCCUUGUCCCUCUUGCCAGAAAAUUCAUUGGCACGCCGAUCACUGGCAUCACGAUGCUUCAAAGAAUAGGUGUAGGUUUGUUCUUAUCUCUUGUAACCAUGCUUGUGUCUGCCCUAGUAGAGAACAAAAGGGUAAGAGUAGCGAGAGAUCAUUAUGUCAUGGACGAUCCGAAGGCAAUAGUGCCAAUUAGGGUUUGGUGGCUGGUGGCUCAAUAUGUUUUUUGUGGGGUUUCUGAAGCAUUUGGGAUUGUGGGGCUACAACAUUUUUUGUAUGAUCAAUUGCCAGAGGCUAAGAGAAGCUUGGGGGCAGUGUUUUUUAUUUGUAAUGUGGGGAUUGGGAAUUUUAUUAGUAAUGGGCUUAUAUAUGUUGUAGAGGUUGCAAGCAAAGGAAGAUGGCUUGGAGAUAAUUACCUAAAUAGGUCACAUCUUGAUUUGUUCUAUUUUCUUCUUGCAGGAUUAGGGCUUUUGGAUUUAGGUCUUUUUGUUGUUGUUGCUAAGCAGUAUGUGUAUCGAAAAGCCCCCCAAAUUUCCACUAACUCGUUCUCAUGA